UUCAUUCAUAUUGACAAGCGCACAGCUCGAGGUGUCUCAGUCUUCUUUUGAACGCCGCACAGCGCACAACUCGCUGCUCCCAGCUAUAUAUAUAUAUAUAUACGUAUCAAUAUAACUAUAUGUAUAUAUAGAGAGCUUUGAUCGUACAUCUCGUGUGCUCGUGGCAAACGUAAAUUUCGAUUCAACUGUUUUCCCGCAUUUGAUUAGCCGACGUGUUUCGUUUUGGUGUUUAUAACGUGUUUUUGGUUAUUGAAACAAUUUCGAAUUAAAUAAAGAAAACGCACUGUAAAAGCACCAAGAUGAACGAUCUAUCGCCUGUGCAGGAAUACUACAAGGAUAAGACUAUCUUUAUAACGGGCGCAUCUGGCUUUAUGGGCAAGGUGCUGCUGGAGAAGCUGCUCUACUCAUGCCAUUCGCUCAAGGAGGUGAUCAUCAUCUGCCGUCCGAAGCGCGGCAAGGCUCCCGAGACACGGCUCGAGGAGAUGUUCAAGCUGCCCAUCUUCCAGCGCAUCCGCGACGAACGCCCGCACAUGCUGAAGAAGGUGACCAUCUACCAGGGCGAUGUGACCUACGACUUGCUCGGCCUAAGCGGCGAUAGCCUGAAGCAUGUGGUGGAGAAUACGAAUAUCGUUUUCCACAUGGCGGCCACUUUGAAGCUGGAGGGCAAUCUUCGGGAUGCCAUCGAUAUGAAUCUGUUGGGCACACAGCGUGCCCUGAAUGUGGCCAAGGAUAUGAAGCAGCUGGAGGCAUUUGUGCAUCUGUCAACGGCAUUCUGCAAUUGCGAUCAGGAGGUGAUGUACGAGAAGGUCUACGAGUUUCCACACAAGCCCGAGGAUCUGAUGCGUCUGGCCGAAUGGAUGGACGUUAAGACUUUGGACGCCAUUACGCCCGAUCUAUUGAAGCCACAUCCAAAUACCUAUACCUAUUCGAAGCGUCUGGCUGAGCUGCUGGUGCGCGAUCAUUACGAAACCAUGCCGGUCAUCAUAGCACGUCCCAGCAUCGUUACGCCCGCUGUCGCGGAGCCGUUGCCGGGCUGGGUAGACAAUAUGAAUGGACCCACGGGCGUAUUGAUUGGCGCUGGCAAAGGUGUUAUUCGUUCCAUGAUCUGUAAUGGAGAGCUCAAAUCGGAGGUGAUACCAGUGGACAUUGCCAUCAAUGGAUUGCUUCUGAUACCCUAUCACAAUAGUCGGGCCCAGCAAAAAUCUCUUCAGAUACCUGUCUACAAUUUAACAGUGGAUGAUGCCAAGAAGCGCACUUGGAAGUGGGUUAUGGAUGUGGGCCGCGAUCUAGGUAUAAAGUACCCAUUCGAAGUGGCCCUCUGGUAUCCCGAUGGCAAUAUGACGACCAAUAAGCUCUAUCACACCUUCUGCACCAUCAUGUUCAUGUGGCUGCCCGCCUAUAUCAUUGACUUCCUCUUGGCACUUUUCGGACAACGUCGCUUCAUGGUUCGCGUGCAAACAAAGAUAUCGGUGGGUCUGGAAGUGCUGCAGUUCUUCACGACCCGCAACUGGGACUUCAAGUCGACGCAUUUCGAGCAAAUCUAUAAAGAAAUCUCUGAGGAAGAUCGCAAAAUUUUCAAAAUCAACACAAACGAUGUGGACGACUACGAAUACAUGAAGAUUAGCAUAUUGGGCGGCCGUCAAUAUGUCAUGAAGGAGCCCAUGACCUCAUUGCCGAAGUCUCGCAUACAGCUGCGAUUCAUGUAUGCAUUGGAUCGCAUAUGCAAGACGCUUAUACUGGGCGGACUUCUCUAUUGGACCUGCAUGAGACUGGGCUUGAUCGAUUUGGUGCGCUACGGCAUCGAGGCAGUAAAACAUUGAUUUAUUGACACUGGAACUAUCAUGCUGGAACUAUAUAUGUGGAAUGCGCCUUUGUAUAAUCGUGUAUUUUGGAUUUGGGUUUAAGUAGGAAAUGUUCAGGUUCUAUGUAUACGUAAUUAUCAUUAAAGUAGCCUAGAUAUAG